AUGAGUCGACAUUGGAAUCCACCAAAAUCCUCUUUAGACAAGGGAGUUGGUGGUCUAACCCUAGAAGACGUCAGCGAUGACACGGUGGCCACAUCAGCACGAUACGUGUUCGAAGAAGGUCCCCAGACGGAGCCCCUGGUUCCUCCCAUCUAUCAUUCAUCUACCUACAAACUGAAGAGUGUCGACGACUACCAAGAUAUAAUCAGCAAGGGAGGAUAUAUUUAUUCCCGUUGGAACAACUUAAACAACUUGGAGAAAGGGGAGGGAACUCUUGUCUACAACACAGGCAUGGCUAGUAUAGCAACUGCGCUGUUCGGAUUCCUCAAGUCGGGUGACCAUAUCGUCGUCAGUAUACCUUGCUACGCUGGUGUCUACGACAUCGCCAAGAACAUUUGUCCAAAGUUUAACAUCGAAGUGACGUUCAUACAAUCCGGAUGUGAUGUAGAUGAGUACAGAAAAUACGUCAAAUCGAACACCCGGAUGCUGUAUGGGGAGACUCCCUGUAACCCUAGUAUGGCCCUCCUGGACCUGGCAGGGUUUGGGAAAUUGGGUAGAUCUCUCAACAACGUGAUUACAAUAGUGGACAGCACGUUUGCUGGCCCGUACCUCCAGAGCCCGAUACAACACGGAGUCGACAUUUCUGUACAAAGCUGCACCAAGUACUUGGGCGGUCACAGCGAUCUAACAGCGGGAAGUUUGACCUUCAGAACGAAGGAUCUUUGGCAAGAAGCCAUACGCUACCAAAACACGCUUGGAAGUGGCCUCUCGCCACACGAUGCCAGCUUGUUACUUCGAGGCAUAAAGACACUUCCAAUACGGAUGGAACGUCAUAGCUCCAAUGGACAAAAAGUAGCUGAGUUCCUGGAGAAACAUCCUAAGAUUGAAUGUGUCAUGUACCCAGGCCUGCCGUCUCAUCCCCAGCACGCGGUGGCCAAGAAACAAAUGAAGCUGUUUGGGGGUAUGAUAUCGUUUGUGGUGAAAGGUGGAUUAGAGGGAGGAAAAGCUCUUGUAGAGGGACUUCACAUCAUACACCUGGCAGUGUCACUAGGAGGUGUGGAGAGCCUCAUAGAACAUCCGGGUACUAUGACACACGGAUCAUUGGCCCUGACUGACGAAGACAGACGAAGUAGUGGGAUAUCUGACGGACUGAUAAGAUUAAGUGUUGGAUUGGAGGACCCCGAUGAUUUGAUACGGGACCUAGGACAAGCUUUAGAAAAGGUUGCUUACUAGAUAUGAUGGCAUAACCACAUCAAACUUCCUAUUGAUGUCAACCGCAUACACAACGCUAACAAGAUAUAGACAAAACUAAAGAUAAUGUUUGAUGCUAUUUUUAUACGUGGACUGAGAAAGUUUUGGUGAAUAAAUAAUAUCGUUCUCCUGCAGGAUUCGACAUUGACGGUAUUCAUUAGGCAUUGGAAUGCUGCUUAUUUCCUCGGGACAGCAACAUUGGUAUGCCCAGCAUUCCGUCCGGAAUACCGGUAUUUGUAUACCUGGCCCGGUCCUGAUGACACUAAUUGAUAGAACACCACUGCGUCAACUAAAAAGCCAUUCAACUGUGAUAAAUCCGGCACAAGUGUUAAAAGCGACUCUACCUAACUGCAGUGGUUCACAGGCGUUAUUCUCAACAACCACUUUUAAACCAUUGAAUUGAAAUUGCCCCAUCAACAAAUGCAUCCAAUGUAACACUCAUAAGAUUAAUAAGAGACCAGUAACGUUCUAACCCAUGUAUUUCUUGUAUAUAAAUAUCAUAUAGAGGUAUCCAUAUACUCUUGUUUGUUUGUAAAUAUGGAACUUGAAGAGUAUUCAGUGAUUUAUAUAAUAUUAUCAUUUAU